AUUUGCUAGCUGCGCGAGUGGAGGACGCUAUGGCUGGCGUGGGCCGGGUGUUUUGCUCCUUAUGGAGAAAAUGUGGGGUGCACGAGUUUCGGGUGCCUUGUGCUUCUUAUCAUAAGAAGGUAGUUGAUCAUUAUGAAAAUCCAAGAAAUGUUGGAUCCCUUGACAAGAACGCAAAGAAUGUUGGGACUGGGUUGGUGGGAGCACCAGCAUGUGGUGAUGUCAUGAAACUACAGAUUGAAGUGGACAACAAUGGAAAGAUUAUUGAAGCCAAGUUCAAAACGUUUGGUUGUGGGUCUGCCAUUGCCUCCAGUUCUCUUGCCACAGAAUGGGUUAAGGGAAAAACGGUUGAUGAAGCUAUGACUAUCAAGAAUACAGACAUAGCCAAAGAACUCUGCCUUCCACCAGUGAAGCUGCACUGUUCCAUGCUGGCUGAAGAUGCCAUCAGAGCAGCCCUGGCAGAUUACAGACUGAAGCAGGAUAAAGACGAAGCUGCAGCAAGUGGCUAGCUGAGCAGAGUGUGAGCUCUACUAUAAUGGCAACAUUUAGUCACUUUAUGCUGUUCUUUUGGGUAUUAAAGCAUGUCUUUACCAUUUGAAUGGCAGACUUCUGAUACGCACAAUUAUUUAGCAGCUUGUCAAACUGUGUGAAUCUCCUCCUAAUAAUGUGAUUAUUUUCAAUUUGCAAGCUGAGUAUACUUAGAGUGUAUAAACAAAACUAUUUUGUUCUUUAUUCCCUAAUGUCCAAGACCUCCACCUAUCCUCUGUUCACAUGUAAUUUCUGGUUUAAACACAUGGCACUACAUUACAGUGCCAGGUUUGUCAUACCUUCCACGUAAAGUAAUAUAGAAAUUUCAUCUAGUCAUCUAGUUUUUGUUUAAGUAUUAUUGGGAAAUGCCACAACGCACAUCUUCAGAUGCACAACGAUUGUGAGGAUGUGUGGUUUUUCCCCGUCUGUUUCCAGCACCCUUAUGUUUGAGUUCUUGAUAAGUCUUGUACGGUUUUGUAUAUAAAUGGCUAUGCAUUCAUAAUACAAUAUAAAACCCAUGCUGAAUUACAAGAAUCAAACAAACGUUGCCACUGUGUUCUGAUCCAAUUUGUGUGGCUCUUACUGAACUGAAAUGCAAUUGUUCUCAGAAAGGUUCAUUUUUGAAAAUUAAAUGUCUGACUGGAAGCCCCUGAUCCCCUCCUUCUGUUACCAAGACUGGGUUUGCUAAGCCAUAUCCUGCCAGAGAAAAGUACAUUGAGUUAAUUACAUUGGGCCUUUAAUAGGGAGUGGCAUGUUCCAGGUAUCAUACCAGCAGCCCUGAAAAUUCCCCAUUUUGAGUACUCAGAAUGAUACUGGUAGAAUCGAAAGCAGGGAUUAUAUGAUGCUUCUUAGUUUUGUAUGCAGUGCAUUUGACCAGCUGCCUUUUGCUUUUGUAUAUAUUUGGUAAAAGAUAAUAAAAAAA